GCCCGGUGAGUCAAAGCUUCAUUUAUGCAUAAACUUAAGAUGCGAAUACUCUUAACAUCAACGUAUUGAACAAUUGCAUCAAUAGUAUUAAUAGCUUUAACCCCAGACAGCGUGCAAGCAGCCACGGCCCUGACUGGAUCAGCGACUGUUAUGACUACGCCCCGAACCACCUCAUGAACCCGUUCUGUCCUACACAGGGUUGCUUUGCCCCUGUAGCUGUUGCGCAUGCGCAUAUGGACUACAACAGCACGUUCUAUGCCGGCGGGUCUAUGGUUACGUACACGUGCAACCCAACUUACGAGCUGGUGGGUCCGCCAUCGAUCACGUGCAUUCAGGACCCGGCCAAGAGCGUGUAUGUGUGGACUCCUGGGCCGAAUUGUCUGAGAAAAGUGUAUGAAUGUGGACCUCUUCCUAAAAUCACCAACGGAAAGCAUUCAGACACAUAUAACCGCACCGUCAAUUCUACGGUGGCGUACACUUGCGAUAGGGACUUCAAGCUGAUUGGCCAAGAGACGGUCGCGUGUGUACUCGCAAUCAACCAAUCAACGGCGACCUGGACAGAGCGGCCAUCUUGUAUUCCUGGCACAUUGGGUCGUCAGUUCGUAUUCGGAAUCCCAGACAUAUAUCUAGGCCGGCCAGAGUAUAUAAAGAUGUACAUUUCAAGUACGUAUGCCUCAACGGUCUUCAUUAAUGCGCCGGGAAUAGGUUUCAACCAAAAUAUUACAACACUGGCUAAUACGACUACCGCAGUAACGAUUCCCGACAGCAUUAUAGCCACUUCCGCUGGUUUGUCAAACAAAGCCGUAUAUGUUGCGACGGACAAACCCGUUUCAGCGUAUGUAAUGGUAAGAAAUGCAACCACCUCCGACGGCUUUCUUCUUUUACCCAUAACUGCUGGCGCCAACGAGUUUGUUGUGCCAAGCUAUGAUACCGUCGAAGGAUCACUUAGCGAAUUUCUCGUCACUGCAUUGGAAGAUUCUCAGGUUGAAGUCCGCUUGAGGAUGUCCACAGGAAAUAUAACCAUCGGCGGUCAAAGCUACAUCAGCGGGCAGAAUUUUUCAUUUGUAAUGAACAAACUUCAGACAUACUUGGUGCAACACCAGCAUGACUUGACUGGUACGCACAUCACGAGUUCAAAACCGGUUUCGGUUGUGUCCGGUAACACAUGUACGAAUGUUCCAAAGGAUAUAACUGCCUGUGAUUUCUUAGCUGAACAGUUGCUACCAGUUCGGUUUUGGCAACACACAUAUCUAUGUGCGAAUCUCAAAACUAGACGAAACAAUAGAUUUCGCGUGCUUUCUUUAAUGGACAACAACGCAGUGAAUAUUGGUGGAACUCAAGUGUCGUUGAAUAACGGGGACUUUUACGAGUAUGUUAGUUCAAACGAUGUUGCUACUGCAGUUGUAUCAACUCAUCCAGUUUUAGUCUUACAAUUUGCAGAAGGAUCGUAUGCGGAUAAUGCAAUUGGAGAUCCUAGCAUGAUAACGGUUCCCUCUACAGACAAUCAAGAAUCAGAAUAUUUCUACGAAACACCAACUUCUGUUUCUUUUCACUAUGCCUCAAUAACUAUUCCCACAGACCAUGCAAGCGGUUUACGAAUGGAUGGCAAUACAAUAAGCCGAUCGGACGAACAAAUAACAACAAUUAACAUUACUAUGUUCAGUAUCAUUCGAGUGUCUGUCGUGGCGGGGAAGCAUCAUAUUUACCACGUGGACUCCAGUGUCAGUUUCGGUGUGAUUGUUUACGGAUUCGAUACAGACGAAUUAUACGGUUUUCCCUUGGGACUCGGUAGAUAUGUUCCCACGAGUAUCAAGCGCAAUAAGGGCUCUAUACUUCCGACCACACCGUACCAUAUUCAAACGCAGUUUUUCAUCGACCCUAAUUUUCAGCAGGAAAUUCCUGGCAAUCCGCUUAGCGUUAAGACAGUCGCUAAUGUGUUUGUCAAGACAUUCGUCGACAACGUUGACUGGAAGGUGAAAAUGAGGCUGCAUUCGUGUUAUGCAGAGCAGACGUUGGACGGCUUUAAUGGCAGUUACAACCUGAUAAAUAACGGUUGUGAAAUGGACGCAAACACCCACUUGCUGUCUCAGACUGCCCACGAGACUAGGUUCGUGUUCCAAGCCUUUCACAUUUCCGGAUUAGACCAACAGCUUUAUAUCAAUUGUGACGCCACAAUCUGUGAUACGUCAGACCUGAUGUCAUCACACCAGUGUGAUCAGCGUCCAGAUUGCGCAAAACAAUGAUGAGAUAGCUGGUUACCAAACAAACAGCUGUUUGGGUUUUGAAAAUAAAAUAUAUUCGCGUUUAA